AUGAGGGCAUGCGACGCACUCUCCGUCCUUCAUUACCCUCUGCUGUGGGGGACAGGCUGCGUUCAAGUCCUUGACGCAACUUGUCCAGUAGCAGUUCCUGUUCUGUGGUUCAAUAAUCGCCGGAACAUUGAAGCCAUAGGCGAGGUUGACCUCGUAGACGUCGAGUCCGCUGGUUUUGUUCAGAGAGAAUUGCACGAGAGUAACGGGCGGAGCGGGGUUGUAGCCAGCACAUUCGAUGGAGGAGCCGCAGUCACCGGUGAUGCACGAAAAGUUGUUGGUUUUGGGGUGGGAACAGUGGGUCCGAGCCCAUAUUCGACCGGACCAAUUAGGGGGCACACGGAGCGUUUGGGACUGCCCUGGUUGAAGGGUGAAGCCGAUCGUGGGGAAGAACUCAGAAGUUGCAAUGUCAGAAAAAAUGGCUGGCCAGACUCUAUAGCCACAUUCAUUGACAAUCGUAAAUGUGGUGGUCGAAUUUGA